AUGUUGUUGAUCUACACAAGUAUCCUAGUUUUGUUCUUCUUGAAAACGAGUAUUUCGACUAUUACUUCACUAUCUUCUUAUGUGUCCAUCGAGAAACACUAUUUAUUACCAAUUAUAUCCGGUGAUGAUCAACAUAUUCCACAUUAUACUGGUUGUAAACCAACUGAUUUAGCAUUUGAUUCAUGUAAUCCAAAUGAACCAAUUCAAAUUGACCUUCCUGAAUCAUUAAAAUCGUGUGGAAACAAUCAAAUCCAAUCCAUUAUCAAACAGCAACAAGGGCCAAGAAUAAAAUUCAUUGAAUUAUGGCCAAGUCUCGGUGGCUAUGGAUUCUAUACAUGGGUAUAUGCGCGUGCGUUGAUCAAUGAAACACAAUGGAUAUGGUUCAAUUCUUCGUCGAUCAUUUUAGAAUCAGCAGUAAAUUCUCCAUUGAAUUCGUCUGAGUAUCCCGAACCAUAUUUUCCUCAACUGCUCGUGACAUCGAAUCCCAGCGAUAAUUUCGACAUCUUCGCUGAUAUGUUACAAUAUUCAAAUUUGACGCAAAAGCCUCUCUUUGGGGACUGUUUAUGGACAUCGAUUAAUUAUACAAACUCGUUGAUUGAAAAGCAAACAGCGACGAUCUAUCCAAGUUGGUUGCCAUUCGAAGAAAAAGAUGCUAUCAAACAAGAUCAAAGACAUAACAUAUGUGUUUUAUUACCACAACCAGCUCGACUCAAUGGUAAAUCGUAUACAUUAUUUGUGAGCAUCGGAGAGAAUAAUGAGGUCAAUUGGCCGUCAAACAUUCGAUGGUAUAAUGUUUCUCCACCUUCAGCAAAUGAAAUAGAUCAAAUGAAGCCAAAAUCUGACGAUUGGUAUAGAAAUCUUCACUGGUCACAUACAUUUACUACAGAUUGGAAAUUUGAUAUGUAUCAAUUUAGUGGAAAUCAAUUGAUAGAAUCGGAAAAUAAAACAAAACUAAGUUUCACUCGGAAAUCAUCCGUUCAGCCUGAUAAUCAAUUAUUAGAUUUGAUUGAUUAUCUCGUCGAACGAUAUACAAAAAUGAAUGUUGAAACAAGAAAACAAACGUUUCUCUGGCGAAACAUUACUCAAGCAAAUCUAAUUGCUAUUCUUCCAGCUGGUGGAAAGCUCAAAUGCCGUGAACCUGUUGUUUUCUUUGAUCAUAUUGAUACGGCAUUUGAGAAAGAUACUUUCUAUAAUACAGGUAAACGGCAAACAACUCCCGGUGCCGAUGAUAAUGUCAGCGGUCUGGUAGCAUUACUUCAAUCGAUAUCUAUUUUGAAAGAAAGUCAACGAACAGCUUGUAGAGAUAUUUGGUUAGUACAUUUAACUGGUGAAGAGUAUCCAGCUGCUAGUUUAGGUAUUGUUUAUUUUCUUCAGCAACUAUUAGUUACAAAACAACCGAUUUAUAUUGGUGUCAUUGUUGAUAUGAUUAGUCAUCGAGUCAAUCGAACUGAUCCAAUCGUUCAGGUAAGUCCAGGUGAUACAACAAAAUCAGUCGUAUCAGCAAAACUAGCACUUGAUUAUGUUUAUCCUAUGAUUCAAAACGAUUUGAUUUUAAAGAAUUUAACACCUGUAUUACGUUUAUGGAAUGAUCCAUAUUCUUAUUUAUACAAUACUGACGGUGUCAGACUUGUUGAAUAUGGAUUUUCAUGCAUUCUAUUUAAUGAACAUAUCAACUAUCACGAAUAUUAUCGACGUACGGGUUACCAUGAUACAAAAGAUACAGUUGAUUUAAUCGAUUUUGAAUACGGACAGACACUUUCACAAUAUGCUAUAGCCACAGUAGCAAUGUUAGCCCACGCUGACUGUCAAUCAUUAUCCGUUGUAAACGGUAUUAACUUAUUCUUACUAGCAUUGCUCGUAUCAUUUACUUUUAUACAGAACUUUAUCUGUUCGAAGUAG